CCCUAUCGCUCUCCGCGGCACUCGCGCUGCACCCGAUGGGCGGAACGCGCGGCCCGCGGAAACUCGAGUGCCCCGUGCGCGCAAAGGGCGUCACAAAUGGCUGUCGUCGUGGCGAUGACGUCGUGCCGGCUCGCGACGACACUGUCCACAGAGUAGCAGGCUGCAGCGCGGCGGCACCCUAGGCUUGAUCGACGGCGCGUGGAAGAGGCGGGGGUGAACAACGACGACGACGGGGAAAUCCCUAUCGACCCUAUCCGCGGCGGCUGGCUAACCUUGCGGCUCGUCGUCUCUAGACGUUUCCACCUGAGGCCGCGGUGUGGUUCGCUCGCUCGCUCGCCGUCUCUCUCACCGGGAUCUCGGGCUUUCGUGCGGCCGAACCACCCCACACACGCUUCGCCCGCCUGCGGACCUUGAUCUACGUUGACGCGUGUAACCCGGUCAACCACCCGCUUUGGCACGCGCGACCAGCCAGCGGUCGGCGGCGGCGGUCGCGCGCGAUCCGGAGGAACGAAGGUAUCGCGGUGUUCGCGACGUCGUGCGCGCUCGCGUGACGCGCCAAAUCAAUCACGUCGUCGACGAGCGUAUCGCGGGGGCUCAUCUUCGGUACGACGAGAGGAUCUCGCAGCGCGCGACCGGCGCGGGCCCGUAAUUCAUUUCUCCUCCGCUCGGGAAUUACGGUCGCGCGAUAUUAGGCGGUCCGAAGGUCGGCGCGAAAGAGAGUGUGUGUGUGUGUGUGUGUGGCGUGCGGACGAUCCUCUUCUCGGUACCGCGCGCGACGGGGCAUCGUCGCGCUCGCGUUCGGCGACGCUAUCGUAAUCAGUUAAUUUCCGGGCGUUAAGCGGUUUCGUCGGCCGGCGAAUAUUCGGGACGACGGGAGAUACGUGGUAUGACAAUUCGGCGGCAGGUGCGCGGGAUAAUCGCCGGCGGUGCUAUCCGCCGAUCAAUUCCUCCUUCCCGGGCACAGCGCGAGCUCUCUUCGCGCCUCUUCGUUGUUACAGCAAUUACGGGAUCGACACGCACGCGAGAGACUACGUCGGGAGAGCGCAAGAAGAGGAAUCGCCAAGAGAGCGAUUACGGAUCGAUAGGAUACGUGCCGGCCGAAGAAAUGGGAAAGUUUGUAUGAUGCUAUCGGUGUCGUACUUACGCGACGACGUCGUUCGUCGGAGAAGACGCGCGACGUCGACGACCCGUCGCGAUUGCUAAAUUCGACAUCGUCGUCGUCGUCGUUCCCGUUCCGAGGAUAUGUUAUUUUCAAGAAAGCUCGGGCUUCGCGUCGCGCGGAUCAAGUGCGCAAUGGCGGAAAGUGGGCCAGGUCGGCUGACGGAGAUGCAACUGUCAGCCGCGGCGUCACGGCUUGAGCACACCACGGCGCUCAAGGUGCGAUCGUCCGGAAUGAAACAUUGAGAUAAAGGGCGCCGCGCAUUACGACGGAGCGCGACGUUUACGACGGGUUCCCCCGGGACAGCCGCGAGACUCGCAAUAAAGAAGCGGUACAUGGGCGACGUGUUCUUCACCCAAGUAUCGGCAGUUUCCGCCCGCUGUCCUCGUAUCGGACGUCGACCGCACAAAGCCCCCGCGGGUUUCCGAUCGCGGAAACGACGGAUCUGUCGUCCGUUUUAUCCCGGACUGCGCGUCGAAUUCGCGAUUCUCCCUCCGCUCUAAACCGCUACACCCCCGCGAGAACGGACACGUACCUGCGUGCGGGAGCUCACUCAUCAAUCCGCGAGAAUCUCGCGUCACUGGGCGCGUUAAUUGGUAUUCCGAUUUCCCGACAAAGGUAACAAGCAUGCCUCGAGCGGUCGCACGGCCGAGUCCUGCCGUCGAGAGUUCGCGCGAAGACAAUCGCGUAAAGGUGUCCGGCGCGAAAUGCAGCGCACGUUAACUCGUCCGUCGUGAGCGAUCGUCGCGAUAAAUCGAUCGCCCGCGCGGUAUCGUCCAGUCCAUCCCGCACCGGUGGUGGUUUUUCGUCAUGCGAGCGAAAGUCAGCGGACGAACGGCGACGUGCGUCGCGUCGGGCUUAUCGUCCGGCUUGUACCCGCUGACCCGGAAGGGCUCGAGAUGAAAGCGCGCGCUCCGUCCGGAUCGCGAGAUGUCGGAAGGGCUGCUGGUCGGAUGAAGAGGACGGCCGAAGAUAUGCCGGCGAGUAUUCACGGCGGGACGAGUCGUCGCUCGCCGAUCAUGCUGCUGCUGGCCGCGUGUUGGCUGCUGAUAGUCGUCGGUCAAUGCGCCGGCCAGAAACCCAUCAAUCUCGGCGGCAGCAGGAAGCGCGACGUCUACAUCGCCGGUUUCUUCCCGUACGGCAACCACGUGCCGGAGGGCCACAUCGGCCGCGGUGUCAUGCCGGCGGUGAAGCUCGCGGUGGAGCACAUCAACGAGCAUCCGACGAUACUCAGGGACUACCGGCUCCAUAUGUGGUGGAACGACACGGAGUGUAGCGCAGCCGUCGGGAUGAAGGCGUUCUUCGACAUGAUGCACAACGGACCGCACAAGGUGAUACUUUUCGGUGGCGCUUGCACACAAGUCACGGACCCAAUAGCGAAAGCUUCGAAACACUGGCGCCUUACGCAGCUCAGCUACGCGGACACCCAUCCUAUGUUCACAACCAAUAGCUUCCCGAAUUUCUUUAGGGUCGUACCGUCCGAAAACGCCCUGAAUGCACCGCGAGUGGCGUUGCUGUUGCACUUCAACUGGACCCGAGUCGGAACGAUUUAUCAGAACGAGCCCAGAUACGCAUUGGUGCACAACCGGCUGCUCGCCGAUCUGGACGAGAGCAAGGUGGAACUCGUGGAGACGCAGAGUUUCGCCACGGAGGUGACAACGGCCCUCGAGAAGCUUAAGGAGAGAGACGUGAGAAUCCUCCUGGGAAAUUUCAAUGAAGCGUGGGCCAGGCGAAUAUUCUGCGAGGCUUACCGUUUCGGCAUAUACGGUAGAAAAUACCAGUGGGUCAUCAUCGGGACUUACACGAGGGAAUGGUGGUUGCGACCGGGCGGCGGAUGCGCACCCUCCGAGCUCUCCGAGGCUCUUCACGGUGUCAUUCUGACGGAUCUACUUCCGCUGACGACCGAGCACCAGACCACCACAUACGGGAUCACCCCGGAACAAUACCAGGUAGAAUACGACUCACGACGGGGCGGCGAGUACUCCAGGUUUCACGGAUACACGUACGAUGGUAUCUGGACGGUCGCCCUGGCCGUAAAACACGUCGCGCGCAGGAUACGACACUUCCAUCGUAACCAGACUAUAUCCGACUUCAGAUAUAGGGAUGUAUUAUGGGAGAAGCUCUUCCUCGACGCCCUAAGAAAUACAAGCUUCGACGGUGUCACGGGGCCAGUCCGCUUCUACGAUAACGAGAGGAAAGCGUACAUUCUUCUAAAACAAUUCCAAAACGGCCGUGAGGUAAACGUAGGCGAAUACGAUAGCAUAACCGGUGUGCUGGAUCUCACUCGGGGGGAAGCCCUGUUGUGGAAGGGCAGGGCGCCGCCAAAGGACAGGACCGUUCGCAUCAUCGAGCACUCCACCGUGGACAUCACGCUGUACGCGGUGCUAGCCUCGGCCGCCAGUGUCGGUAUCGUCUUGGCAUCCAUUUUUCUCGCCAUCAAUAUCAGAUACCGGCAUCAAAGAUACAUCAAAAUGUCGUCGCCCCACCUGAACAACCUCAUCAUCGUCGGCUGCAUGCUGACCUACAGCAGCGUUAUCUUUCUCGGACUGGACUCGCAAUUGUCGAGCGUAACGGCAUUCCCGGCCAUCUGCAUGGCCCGAGCGUGGCUGCUGAUGGCCGGUUUCUCGUUAGCCUUCGGCUCCAUGUUCUCGAAAACGUGGCGUGUGCACUCCAUAUUCACCGACGUGAAGCUCAAUAAGAAGGUGAUAAAAGAUUACCAAUUGUUCAUGGUGGUCGGGAUAUUGUUGGCUAUCGAUCUGACGAUCAUGACGACGUGGCAAGUGGCCGAUCCGUUCUAUCGGGAGAUCAAGCAAAUGGAGCCCUAUCACCACCCCUCGAGCGAGGACAUAAUAAUCAUCCCGGAAAACGAGUAUUGUCAGAGCAAUCAGAUGCAUAUUUUUCUGGGAUGCAUAUAUGCAUACAAAGGCCUUUUAAUGAUAUUCGGUGCCUUUCUGGCAUGGGAAACGCGGCACGUUAGUAUCCCAGCAUUAAAUGACAGUAAAUACGUGGGGAUGAGCGUGUACAACGUUGUUAUAAUGUGCGUCACCGGCGCGGCUAUAAGCUUCGUGCUGACUGACAAACAAGAUGCCAUGUUCAUAAUGCUGGCGGUGUUCAUAAUAUUUUGUAGUACAGCCACUCUUUGUCUGGUUUUUAUUCCUAAGGUAAUAGAGUUACGCAGAAAUCCACAGGGAGCGAUAAAUAAGCGGACCAGGGCAACUCUGAGGCCGAUGUUGAAGAUACGAAGGGACUCUACAGUCAGCGAACUCGACGAGCGUUUGAAGGAAGCGAAGCUGGCGAAUAAAAAAUUCCGGAAGCAACUGUUGCAAAAAGAUUCUGAGCUUCAGGGAUUUUUGAGAAGGAUGGGCGAAGAGGUCGUGAGCGAGGCGCAAGAAACGGUCGACACGUUGCCGGUUCCGAAGCAGGAAGAAGUCGUUAAAAAGGAGGGACCGUCGAUAACUACAGAGACGACCGAUAUCUCAAUGUCCAUGUGCAGCCUAAACUCGUCAACGGUGUCUCAACCGGAGGGCGAUUACGUCAACGUAGAUCAAGUAGCAAAGAAGAGAUCGUCCAUCGCGAAAACCACGUCGAUCACGAUCGACAGCGAACGAAUGGCUAUGACGGCGCAGGUGAUCGAGAAGAGCAUCUCCCCGGAUCUGGAAACGGUGGCGGACGCGCCGCCGUCGCCGCCGCCGACGACAACCAUGAGGACGACGAUGACGACGACGACUAUGACGACGAUAUCAACGGUGGCGGCGACGACGGCGGCGACGAUGGCGCAGAUGCAGCACACUUGCGGCGCGGAGGCGCUGCGACGCAAGAGCGUUCCCAGCGAGACGAGCAAGAACGGCGAACCGUUGCUGCUCCGCAACAACAGAAGCCCGGAGCCGCUACCGAACGACGUGACGACGACGCGCUACGACUUCGUGCCGCCGGUCGUCGAAGAGAGCGACUCCGUGAUCCUGGAGGAAACCGAGAUCGCGAGACACGUGUGCCACGUGAGGAGAAGCAGGGACGAACGCCGGGCGAAACUCUCGACGCCGCCGCCGACCAAGAACGUCUCCUUCGGCGAGCUUCACGAACAAAGCUACAUUGAACAAGUGAUCAUGCCGUUUCCGCUGCAGUACGUGCCGAAUCAUCGGCAUUCCGAGAAAUACGAGGAGUCGAUGUCGACCAUCAUCCAGCGCUCCAUGUCGGAGCGCUCGCGGGAGAAGUGUCUGCGGCUGCACAUCGGGGGCGGUCACCCCAUAGUCGAGUGCUCGCACCGUGUCGCUCGUCGCAUGUGCCGGCAUGCGGGCUCGAAGCUGCGCCAUCAGGCACGGCUGGAGUACGUGCAGAGCACCCCGAACGUGGCGACGAUGCACAACAGCAAACACGCGGCGGUAAAUCCGCGCGGCGGGACUGGCGACGUGAACGGUGGUUCCGCGGUGAACGUCUCGAAGAUGUACAGUGCCGUGUCAGACGGUGAACUGCUGGAUCUGACGAUCCUGCCGAUCUUUCAGAAGCUCCUCACCGAGCGGCAUAAGAGCACUGCCAGGCGGGGCUAUCGCUCGAACAUAGCCAGUUGCCCGAAUAUAUCCAUCAAAUGCGACAUCGUCGAGUACCUCUAACGGCCAGUACCAGUGACCCGGCAUUGCUUCGCUUCGCCGGGUCUUCGCCGCGCUGGACGGAAAACUCACGUUCUCUGGCCGUGGAAAAACACUCGUGGACUCACAGUCGGUAGGGUGUGUUAGAACUCGAUCGUUUAAGUUAACUAAUUAAUCUCGCGCUCACACACACACACACACACACACAACAGUUUCGAGCCUCGACGGUUACACAACAAGCGAGACACGUCGCUUCCAAAUCGGAUGUAUUUCAGGCGAUUCUCCGUUCCGUUAAUUUAUUUAUAAAGACGUCGAUGGGCCGCAAUAACCUAUCUACCUAUAUCUACCUUCCGCGCCACGGCCGCCGGGUUAAUUAUUCGUUCCGUCUCUCGCGUCCUCGCUCUUCAAGCACGGCACUUGAUAUCACGAUAAACGAACGGACGAGGCUAGGAAUUAAUAAUAAACAAACGCUCUAGUAAUAAUAAUAAUAACGCUCGAAUCGUAUAGUUCUCAUCGUGAGACGUGAGAAAGACACCGGUCGACGAAUAAGCGUAAGAAACGACGACUUUUUCUAUGACACACGGGAUAUUUUCUAGCGGCGACGAUUCUUUAAGUAACGAUGUAUAGAAGACGAUGUAACAAACGGAGGAAUGUAAAUCCAAAGUUAAAGUUAAGUACUCCCACGCGGGUUCGCAAACUCGAUAUGCGGAACUCGUCGAAAUUUCUAUCCCCGCUCGUCUCGCUCGUCGCUGUAGUCCGGAUUCUAGACGUAAACGGGACAGUAAAGGGUACGGAUUGCGCGCGAUACUAUCGAGCACACUUAGUUACUUGAACGUCAGUCAAUAGAUCUUGUAUCUCGUUAGUGACGCGACUGCAGCAUGUUACGCGAUAUAUAUAACGAACGUCGCGAGAAAGCAAAACGAGAAGGAAACUCUCGCGUAUAUCCGUGGUAGCGCACGUUUUCGGGGAUAAACUCCGGGUGAG